AUGUCCACACCAGCUAGAAGAAGACUCAUGAGAGAUCUUAAAGUAGAUCCUCCUGAUGGGGUUUCUGCAUCACCAUUAACCGAUAACGUUAUGAUAUGGAAUGCAAUCAUUAUAGGACCAGCCGAUACACCUUUUGAAGAUGGAACUUUUAGAUUAAGUAUAAACUUUGAUGAACAAUAUCCAAAUAAACCUCCACAAGUUAAAUUCUUGAGUACAAUGUUUCAUCCAAAUGUUUAUGCAAGUGGUGAAUUAUGUCUUGAUAUUUUACAAAAUAGAUGGUCUCCAACUUUUGAUGUUGCAUCUAUUUUAACAAGUGUACAAUCUUUAUUAAAUGAUCCAAACAUUUCAUCUCCUGCUAAUGUUGAAGCUGCUAAUUUAUAUAAAGAUCAUACUUCUCAAUAUGCUAAAAGAGUUAGAGAAACUGUGGAAAAAAGUUGGGCUGAUGAUUUAAUGGAUAAUGAAGAUGAUGAUGAAAUGGAAGAAUAA